GCUUUGUUUGCAUCAUCUCCAUGUUAAGUGUUUCACAUUAUUUUGAAGUAACAUCUUGAAGUUCCUCGAUAUGCUCAGUUCAUUGUAGCCCGACAGAGAAACACACAGGCAGUGCCUCUUGGUCAGACAUCUUAUCUCAACAUGUCUUCAGAACUGGAAACUGCCCCACAUUUUAGAGUGAAAUACAGCAGUGGGGCCAAUGAAAAUGGAGAGAAAGAGAAAAGUGAGGUGAAGACGCAGCACCAGGAAGUUAACUUACCAGAAGGUGAUGGACAAACACAGAAGAAAAGAAGCUGUUUCAGAGCUUUUAAAGUGUGCCUGGGAGUGCUGUAUCUUCUGAUUCUCGCUGGAAUCACGACACGCCAUAUUUCAGUCACUUUGGAAAAAGAGCAGCUGCAGAACAAAUACAACAAACUGAGCAACAAUUACAGCCAACUGCAAACCCAACUUUUAGUGAUGUGUCCUAUUGAUUGGGCCAAAUUUGGAAGGAGCUGUUACUUUAAAUCCACUGAGAGGAAAAUUUGGUCUGAGAGCAGGACAGACUGUCAGUCCAGAGGAGCUGAUCUGGUGAUCAUAAACAACAAAGAGGAACAGGAAUUUAUUGAACUGAAUAUGAGAGGAGACUCCUGGAUUGGUCUGACAGCCAGUUAUAAAAGGGAAACUGGGAAACAUGAAUGGGAAUGGGUGGAUGGAUCCCCGCUGACAGAGGCGUUUUGGGUGCCAGGCCGGCAGGAUCCUGAUCAUGGUUUUUCUGCAGUAUGCUGUGAAAUUAAGGGAAAAUGGACACGAUCACAAUCUUCUGUAUCUAAGACCUGGAUCUGUGAGAAAUGAUUUUUGACUGAUGACAUAAGGAAAAUUAAAAUUUCUGAAUAAUCCAAGUAGUUCUCCAACUUCAAUUAGACAUCAUUAGUGUUAAAUUUCAUAAAGGUUUGUCAUCUGUUACUCAUGUUUUUGUUCUACUGUGAGCUACUUCCUGUCUUUACCACAAUGGAUCAUUUUAAUGUUCAUAUUUUUUUGACUUGGUAUUCUAAUAUUUUAUUGUUUGCUUAAGUUAUUGAUCAUUGGUUUUGGACAGAGGUUUUUUUCUAAGGAUGCAGGAAAGAUUAUCGUUGAUUAAUAUGUAUUUUAAGAAUUCAAAACAUUAAAAACAGUAACAACUGUUUUUGAAUUCUUAAAAUCUGUUUUUCAUUAAAUUUUAAUGAGAAACAGAUCAUAUGCACAUAAUAAAAUGUUUGCAGAAUAUGCAACAGAGAAAAAUAAAAUAGA